AAAAGUCGAGUAUUCUGUACGAAAAUGAUAUGUGCCUUAAUUUAAACAUCCCACCUGCGAACGAAAUGUAUAAUAUUCUGCCAAACUGUGGUAAAUGAUGGAUGAAACAGCGGUGAAGGUAGUUGUGAGAAUCCGUCCUCAAAUUUCUCGUGAUAUAUUAGAUUUGUGCCAUGUCUGUACAAGAACGGUGCCAAAUGUUCCCCAAAUCUGGAUUGGGAAUGAGCAAUCAUACACAUUUGAUCAAGUGUUUGACAUGCCAACUCAACAGAGUGAAAUAUUUGAAAGCUGUGUCAAAGAUCUUGUGGAUGGUUGUUUUGAUGGGUACAAUGCAACUGUUUUGGCCUAUGGACAAACGGGUUCAGGCAAAACUUAUACUAUGGGUACUGGUUUUGAUCACAGCUUUCACCAUGAAGAAAGAGGCAUCAUUCCUCGUGCUGUUGAGCACUUAUUUAAGAAAAUUACUGAAAUUCAAGAAGCGGAGAAAGAAAAAGGUUUGGUGCCUCCUGAAUUCAAAGUCAAUGCUCAAUUUAUGGAACUGUACAAUGAAGAAGUUAUUGACCUUUUAGAUACUGCUAGAGAUUUAGAUAACAAAAACAAACGGGCUCAUAUCAGAAUUCAUGAAGAUGCUGAUGGGAAGAUUUAUACUCAUGGUGUUAUUGCUCAAUGUGUUACAAAUGUACAAGAAGCUCUGCAGUGUUUGAAAAUUGGUUCCCUUUCUAGAACGACUGCCAGCACUGGCAUGAAUAUUCAGUCUUCCAGAUCUCAUGCAAUUUUUACUCUUCAUAUCAAACAACAAAGAAUGGUAAAAUUAGGCAAGUCAAUGUCUGCUGACACAUGUAAUUCAGAGUUACAUGAGCACAAGGAAUCACUUAAAGAAUUUGAAACACUGACAGCAAAGUUCCAUUUUGUAGACUUGGCUGGUUCAGAGCGUCUAAAACGAACUGGUGCUGUUGGUGAAAGGCAGAAAGAAAGCAUCUCUAUCAAUUCUGGUCUGCUUGCAUUAGGUAAUGUUAUAUCUGCCCUUGGGGAUAAAUCAAGGAAAGCCACUCACGUACCCUAUAGGGAUUCAAAGCUGACCAGGCUGUUACAAGAUUCUCUUGGUGGAAAUAGUCGGACAUUAAUGAUUGCUUGUAUUUCCCCAUCUGAUCGAGAUUUUGUAGAGACUUUAAGCACUCUGAAAUAUGCUAACAGAGCUAAAAAUAUCAAGAAUAAAGUAACUGCUAAUAAAGACAAGUCCAGUCAAACUAUUAGUGAACUUCUUAAGCAAGUAGAAAAUCUCCAGAUGGAAUUGUUGGAAUUCAAACAGGGGAAGAGACUAGUAGGAGAGGAUGGUGUGGAAUGUAUUAAUGACAUGUAUCAUGAAAAUACAAUGUUGCAGUCUGAAAAUAAUUCUUUGAAGACUCGCAUAAAAGCACUUCAGGAAACUGUUGAUCGUCUAACUGCCAAAAAUACUGCUUUGAUAGUUGAAAAACAAAAUGGUGAAUGGAUUCUAAAUGGUGAUGGCAGCAAAUCAGAUAUAUCUGCUGUAAUUCAAGGAUAUGUUGCAGAGAUAGAAGCUCUUAGGGCAAAACUUAUUGAAUCUGAAGAAGCAUAUGCUUUAUUGCGUAAAAGUGUUAUGAAAGUCUCUCCUCAACGUUAUGCAUUCAGUCCUACAUCUACAGUGGCAGUUACUGGUCAGUAUGAUAUAAGAAUUGAUGCAACACAGUCUGUUACUGAAAUUCUGGAAGAGGCUAAAAGAAACGUCAAGAAAUUGAAGCAGAAAGAAAAGAAAUUAAAAGGGGAAAAGGAGUGUGUGAGUGAUGAAGAUAAGGACAAAGUUGACGAUGAGAAUAAUAAUGAGGAUAAUGAAGAUGAAAACAGUUCUUCUGAAUCUGAGACAGAAAAGCCUGAUGUAAAAGAAAAACUGAGUGCGAAUCUUGCUGAACUUACUUGUGACAUAUCAUUGAAAGAAAAACUGAUUCGGCAGCUAGAAGCAAACCAGAAGCAUUUGCAGAAUAUGAAGCACCAUUACGAAGGGAAAAUUAGUCAGCUUUUGACUAAAAUUGCUGAGACUGAAAAGGAGAGAGACAAAAUUUUGGCCAAUCUGGCAAAAAAUGCGCAAGGCAAAUCUGAAGAACAAAAAAUUAGAGCUGAUUAUGAGAAAAAGCUUUCUUCAUUAAAAAAUGAUGUAAAGAAUUUUGAAUCUGCCAAAAAGCAACAUGUGAAUUAUAUGAAAACACCAUCUAAUUCAGAUGCUCGACUGAAACGAUUGAAACAGGAAGUAAUAGAAAUGAAGCAAGCAAAGGUUCAGUUGCUUUCAAAAAUGAAAGAAGAAGCUAAAAAGUUCAGAGAUGCUGAGCAAAAGAAAAAUAAGGAAAUAGCACAAUUAAAAAGAGAAAAAUUAAAUAAGGAAACUCAGAUUAGAAAUCUUGAAGCAGAGAAAAAGCACAAAGAUAAUAUUCUGAAGCGCAAGACAGAAGAGAUUUUAAGCUUACGCAAAAAAGCAGUUCCAAAAUAUGUGUCUCCUAAAACUGCUGAACGGUGGAAACUAGGCCAAUUUUCCCUUAAGUCAGCUAAGCAAAAAUGGCAGAAUUUGGAGAAAAAGAUUAAUAAAUUAGCAUUAAACAAACAAAGUGUAGCAGCUAUAGAAAAAGAUAUGAAUCGUUGGUUAAAACAUGCCUUCAUGGUGUGAUUGUCAGCACAUUCAGCGCAUACUCAAGAGAUCUAAGAUUUGACUCCCGGUGAGAACAUUGCUAAUUUUUCAUGUCUUCUGCUUUGAAAUAAUCUAAUGUAUCUACAGUGGCGCCUGAACUAAAAAAAGUGGUGGAUGAUGAUUCUCCACACCUGGAUUUGGCGACUAGGUCCCGUAGUCCCCAUCGCCCUUUAAAAAAGGUAGUACAUAAUACCUCUUGGUACAUAAGGUAUUUCUCCUGCCUUCGUGUGUAAUGGUCAGCACGCUCGAUGCGUAUUCAAGAGGUGUAAGGUUCGAGUCCUGGCAAGAGCAUUGCUCAUUUUUCAUGUCUCCA